AUGGAUUUUUACCAAAAGGUCGCAUGCAACACUAACUUCUCUUCGAAGCAGCGGAAGGUUGCUAUUUUAAUGAUUAUUCUUCGAGCAUUUGUUAUGCCAUCGUUUGAUGGCAAUUUAUUCCCUCGGGCAUAUGUUUCACUUUUGGAGGAUGUAGAUUCUGUUUCCAAUUAUGCAUGGGGAGAUGCAAUCUUUUCUUUCCUCUUAUCAGGAAUAGAAACUUUUAGAAUUAAGAAGAAAAAGAACUUGAAUGGAAAUUUCUGGGUGUUUUUGACUUUUUUUAAUUAG